UUGUAAGAUGGCGACUUCUCAUUCGUCAGCCGGUGGCAGUUUGAAUUUUGUGCGAGCGGCUGCACGUCCUGUUAGCCGCUGAGCCGCUUUCUCCCGGCUUGAGCGGCGAGGUUUUUUUCAGCCUUUGGUUUGGGACCCGCAGCCUCCACCGAAGCGCCAUGGCUCCGGCUAGGAAGGGCAGCAGUGGGGUGACCAAGGCCAAUUCGUUACGGAGCCGGAAGCUCGCCUCCUUUCUUAAGGACUUCGAUCGUGAAGUGCAAAUACGAUCCAAGCAAAUUCAGUCGGACAAGCUGAAUCUCAUCAAGGAACUAGACAACAUGUACAACAUUGAGAUCCUGCGGCUCCCCAAGGCGCUGCGCGAGAUGAACUGGCUCGACUACUUCGCCCUUGGAGGAAGCAAGCAGGCCCUGGAAGAGGCAGCAACGGCUGACCUGGACAUCAGAGAAAUAAACAAACUAACAGCAGAAGCUAUUCAGACACCCCUGAAAUCUGCCAGAACACGAAAGGCAAUGCAAGUGGAUGAAAUGAUAGAGGAAGAAGAAGAGGAAGAGAAAAAAAAUAAGAAACUUCAAACUGCCAAAGUCAAAAGGUGUCCUCCAUCCAGGAAGAGAACCCAGUCCAUACAAGGAAAAGGCAAAAGCAAAAGGUCAAGCAGUUGUAACACUGUCACCCCGGCUAUGGGCCGGAUGGAGCUGUCUCUGGUGAAACCCACUCCAGGCCUGACGCCCAGAUUUGACUCACGGGUCUUCAAGACCCCCGGCCUGCGCACUCCGGCAGCCAGAGAGCGGAUUUACAAUGUCUCGGUGAACGGCAGCCCUCUAGCCGACAGCAAAGAGGUUUUCCUCACUGUGCCAGUGGGAGGCGGAGAGAGCAUGCGACUGCUGGCCAGUGACUUGAAGAGGGUCGAUAUCGCACAGCUGGACCCAGAGGCCCUGGGCAACAUAAAGCAGCUGUCCAGCCGUCUCGCCCAGAUCUGCAGCAGCAUACAGACUCACAAAUGAGGUUGCUGUUCCAAGAAGCCAACUCAACAGGAUGGAUUUUCAGUGGGCACUUCUGGGAGCUUCUCCCCUUCAAGCUUAUGGUCUCUCUGAGUGUGAAGUUCAGAGCAGGAGUGGCGCUCCUCUCGGAGAACUCGGGACGUGGGGAGGCACUGUUCCCCCAUCCGUUUCGCUAUUUGCACCUCCCAACCCAGGUGACGGACACUGCCUGCUGCGUGUAUGCAGUCUCCCUGCCGAACGGUCCUUCCAGCUCUCAGAGCCGCUCCCUCCCUCUUCCUGCAACUGUACCUCCUCCACCCUGCCCUGACUCCAGUGCAGACAGCAUGGAGAGCCUUGUGUUCUCGGAAAGACUGACUGCUUGCCCUUGUCGGAGAACCCUCUGCGUCUGGCAUUCCUGCUCUGCGUGCUUGGGGCUGGGAGGUUUGGGCCCAGAGAACUGAGCGUUCAGGGCUGUGAGGGGGCAGUUCCAGAAAGUGCGGAGGAAGCAGACAGACGGGGUCAGGACAGUGUGUCAGGGCCUGUCACCACAGCGGAACACACGUCCCCCCACUCCCAUCUCCUCCUCCUGCGGAGUCUCACACGUGCUGUGCCCCGUAGUCCUGUUCAGGCUGCUGUGUGGGACAGUGUGCUGUGCCUCUGUUUACUGAAGACCAAAAAUGGGUGUGGAGGUAGUUUCCAUGGCUCGCUCCUCUACCUCUCUAGUUAGCGGGAAUCUGGAUUAGGGGCUUGCAGGGCUUAGAUUAGUGUGGGAUUUUGUGUGACUGGCUCUCCACGGCCCAGUGGCCCCCGCCAGGCCUGGAGACCUUGCAGCGUGCGCUUCUCUCUGAAUGGCUUCACUGAGGGAGCAGGUAUGACUGGACUGCGGCCUCGCUCCACGUGUGUGGCCCGCGCCCUGGGCACGCACUAGUUCCUUGGAGUCGGCACUGAGAUCCCUGCGUGCCAGCCGGUGCCUCCGCUCCAAAGAAUCAUGGGACGUGGUCCAAGAACACGGGAACUGAGCGUUCCCGCCCCAGGCUUGAGGGCCCACAGUUUCUCCUGUGGCUCUUUGCCGUACUAUCAUUUUGCUUCGUGACCAUUCUAGUAAUCCAGUCCUGUUUAAGUUGUAUUCUUUUCAGGUUGUUUUAGUGUCCCUAUCCUGAGACUUUUUGUACAUACUGUUUUCCUGAGUAAUGUAAUGGUAUCUCUAAUCUGGUUUUUUUAAUCAGAGCUAUUGAAAGGUACCUGUUUUCAAUAAAUUGUGAGUUUGUUCA